UUUCGUCUGCUCUCUGCAGCUCUCUGCUGACUGCUCUAUUUGGACUAAAUUGGUUAACAGUCCAAGAAAUCCAUGAAACUUGUUACACAAACACAAGCUCGAGAAAGUUGUCAAUGUUUUUUAUUUAUGAAAAACUCUUCCAACGAUAAAUCGUCUUUCAGACAUGGACGAAACGGAUAAUCAGACCCCGGAGAAGGAAAUCCAAACAAAGAGACCUAGUCAAAAUAAAAGACGAACCGAGGCUCGACGAAAAGCUUUUGAGGAAAUGCGGCUUAAUCCGGGGAAAACUAUACCACUUCCACCACCUAGACGACGAAGGAAAAGAAAGAAAAAGAGUAAUGUUGUGUCUAAUAUCUUUGCUAGGGAUAAUAAUGUUGUGCCCAAACAAGAAGUGCCAGUGCAGGUGAAGGAGGAAACUUUUACGGAUGUCAGUAUUUCGCCUAAAACUAAAGGAAUUUCUUGCCAAGAAAGUUUUCUUGCUUUUCUAAAAAAGUGGUUGGAUGAUAAAAAUAUUUCUACCGCGAAGACAGAAGAUCCCGAAGUGAUUUUGCCCAAGGAAAAAAUCGAAGAAAUGGACGAUGAGGAAAACUAAAGCAAAUUACUUUUAAUAAUUUUCUUUUAUUUCUUAUUUAUUACUUUGACAAUGACUUAUUAUUUACAACUAUUUUCCAUUAAAAUGUAAAUAUAAGUAUGUAUUGACUUUAUUUUAUUAUUUAAAAUAUAUACAUAUUUUUUCAACAGUAAAGUGUAAAAAAAUUACAAUCUUCAAAAAGUCUAAUUUAAAUGAUGUGUACGAAUUAUUGUAUAAUAAUUUUAUUUUUUAUCAUUUCUGAUUUCAUUCUUUUAAACUGCAAAAUUUUAUAGUUUUGAUUUAUUUCUAUUUUCAUUACAGGGU